GACUCACGUUGUAGCGAGCAUGCUAGCUCCGCUAGCGCUUUCCCUCGAUAAGAGCUACCUUGAAGCUUGAAUCAACAAAUCAACAUAACCAACAACCACGAAACUACGAAAACAUAACACACACUCGCUCCAUAACGUCGAUUUGAUACCCCGAGGAGCUGAGUAGUAAAUUCAUCAUGUCUCUUGACCCACCCACUUACCUUUAUUCGCUGAUGAACAACAUUCGCCAACGACCAAUACCCUGGGAUGGCGCUGUACGAGCUGGCACAAUUACCGAUGAUCAACUGAGUAAGAUUCGAGCUGUUGAUAAAGUAAGAAAGGAGCAAAGGAAGGAGAUUGUAGAGAAAGAUCCAAAUGCGUAUAGAAAGCUGUUUGUAGGUUCGGAAGGAGAAUCGAGCGUUUUGGAAUCUGCGACGAAAGCAAAGCGCCCAGAUGUUGUUCAGUAUAUCUUAGUCUUGUUGGGCGAUUUACUUGAUGGCAUUCCAACGUUAUCAAAGACUCUUUCGGAGCACGACGAUCCAUAUAAGCCCUUCCUCCCACUACUGAAUCAAUCCGCUGAACUCGAAAGCCCCAUACCAUUACUCACCUCCACGGUUCUUACAAGUAUAAUCUCAGGAUCCAAGGAUGCAUCUCAAAAUGCCUUGGAAGCAAUGCCAAAAUUGCUGCACUACUUGUCAACACUGGCAAAGAGCUCGGACGGUGGUUUACAAGAUAUAGCAGUUUUACAAUAUUCGUCAUUGUUACAAGGCAAGAAGUCGAGAGAAUUGUUCUGGAACCAGAGGUCGGAGACAAUUGAACCCUUAGUUGCCAUCCUUAAAUCAGCUGCAGGCGUUUCUAAUGGCGACUCUGCAUCGACACUGUGGAGUGGGGCUGCAAGUAUCCGAAGUGGACCAGAGGGAACUUUGGGCGGCGGCGUUGGACUACAGUUACUUUACCACGUACUACUGGUUUUGUGGCAAUUGAGCUUCGAGGGUGCUGCAAUUGGAGAGGGACUUGAGGACGAGUAUGAUAUCAUUCCACUUUACACGCAACUUUUGAGACUAUCACCAAAGGAGAAGACAACCCGGUUGUUAGUAUCGUCUCUGUACAACCUUCUCGCCUCGAAUCAAAGUUCAUUACUCCCCGUAGCGGUAUUCGCUCGCCUUCCAGCUCUCUUACAAAAUUUGAAUGGACGCCAUCUUACAGACGAAGAUCUUUUGGAUGAUCUCAAGAAACUGAGCGAAAUUUUAGAAGAGCAUACAAAGACUCAAACUACUUUCGAUGAGUAUGCUGCAGAAGUUCAUUCAGGUCAUCUCCGCUGGUCACCACCCCAUCGAAAUCAGAUAUUUUGGGCCGAGAACGCGCGCAAAAUUCUCGAUUAUGAGCAAGGCGAGUUGUGUAAGAAGCUGGCAGAGAUCAUGAGCAAGCCCUGGGAGAACGACAAGCAAGUUCUUGCCAUUGCAUGCAAUGAUGUAGGAUACUUGGUCAAAGAGGUUCCGGAAAAGAGAUCUCAAUUGGAGAGAUUGGGCCUCAAGACUAGAGUUAUGGAACUGAUGACGGAGCCUGAUGAGACAGUGAGAUGGGAGAGUUUAAAUGCUCUCUCGGGGUGGUUGAGAUACAGCUUUGAGACGAAGUAAAGGAUUGUGGUGAUAGUGUGAGUUUUUGUUAGGGAGUUGUAAGACUGAGAGACCAAAAGCCUCACGAGGGAAGCUGCAUAUCCUACCGUUUACAAUAGGUCAAAUCUCAGCGAUUAUUGAUUGUGUCGAUGCGCAGAUGUUCAAUUAGUGUAGAAACAAUGAUUAUUUUUCUUAUCGGGUUUA